AUGGCUCUUCACCGCCGCCUCACACCCACUCCAACACUGAAUCCUCCACGGUCAAAAACUAGAAUGCAGUUGGUAAAGUACCGAUGGUCUUAUUUCAGGCAAGAAAAGAUCAUUGGAAUAGGCUCUCUGGCUGGUAGCUGCCUGGCUGACCGUCGCCUCUGGAAUAAGCUCCAUGGUGGUCCCCAAAGCGGCAGUGACCCCACGUUCGACUGGUUCUUUGGGUAUGAGGAAGCGCAGGGGUUCUUCCUGCCCCUGCUUCAGGAGGCCCCGGCCGCCUGUCCACUCCGGGUGUUGGACGUGGGCUGUGGGACCUUCAGCCUGUGUACAGGCCUCUACACCAAGUGUCCACAUCCCGUGGAUGUGCUGGGGGUGGACUUCUCUCCUGUGGCGGUGGCCCACAUGAACAGCCUCCUGGAAGGUGGCCAAGGCCAAACAUGCCUGUAUCCUGGGCACCCUGCCUCUCGACUGCAGUUCAUACAGGCUGAUGCCCAGAACCUGGGGUCAGUGGCUUCUUCCGGAUUUUUCCAGCUAGUGCUGGAUAAGGGCACCUGGGAUGCCGUGGCCCGAGGUGGUCUGCCUGGGGCUUACCGGCUUCUGUCAGAAUGCCUAAGGGUCCUAAGCCCCCAGGACCCUGAUGUCCGGCUGCCCUGCUUGGAGCAAGGGUCCCAUGGCUGGACUGUGACGGUGCAGGAGCUAGGCCCUUUCAGGGGCAUCCCGUACUUUGCUUACUUGGUUCAAGGCUCUCAUUAA